AUGAAUAAGUCUUCUCAUAUGGAUUAGAUUAUUACUAAAAUACACAGAUAAUCCUAAAAGAACUUUCAUCGUUCUAGUCCCAAUCUUUCAAUUACCAAAACUAAUAACUAUCAUUACUCUCAGUUACACUAACGAUUAGUCAGUUCUGUAUGUUCAGGAUUGUACUCCCCUAAUCAAAGUAGUGUAGUUUCUACUAUCAAAGAAAAAAUAGCAAAAAGAAUUAGACAAUAUAACACAUCUGAAGAUGCUUCUAGCUUUUAAGAAUUCAAAAAUAUGUAAGUGUAUCACUUAUCAAAGUAAAGUACUUGAGUCUAGUUUAACAAAUGAAUGUGCCAAUUAUAACGAAUUCACUUUCUCUUCAUUUCUACAAAUUCUUGAUAGAAUGGAACAACGUGAAUAACCUUUAAAAAUAGUUCUUUUUUCUGAACUAAAAAAAAGUUUUUUGCAGUUGGCAAACAAAAUUCAAUCAGAUAUUGAUAGUUUAUCCUAACAUGUUUUAAAUCUAAUUUAAGAGUUGGAAACAAAAAAUUAGGAACUUAAAAAAUAAAAAUGUUUAAUUUAAUUAUAACAUAGAACUCGAAGCGAAGACUUUUAACAAAUUUUAAAUACUCUCAGAUUAAAAAAAAAAGAUUAAUAUAAAAUUAUUGGAUUUUAAAAACAAAAUUAAUAUUAGGAUAAUGUGGAAACCUGUAAAGUAAAACAUGAUUUGAAUGAAGCAGUAGACGAAGAACAAAUUAAAUAUAGUUCAGAUGAAGACUCUUUUCCUUUUGGUAAUUAUAUUAUAUAUUUCUAUCUAAGUCGAUCCUUCAACAUUAAACUAACCAAUUUAUAAAAAAGGGUUUUCUAUCAAUCUUAAACCAAUAAAAAACAAAGUCCUUAGAGGGUAUCAAGAUGAAUUUAUGUCUUAAAUGAAUGAAUUCAGUGAAAGCUGGCGUUAAUAAGCUUUAAUAGAAAAAAGAUUUUGA